AUGGGAAUUGUCCAAAAACAUGAGCUUGAGGCAUACUGGGAAACACACUGGCUCUUUGAUACACCCGGAUUUGCUAAAGUUAUGCAAAGAAAUCGGUUUGAAUUGAUAUUGUCAUUCCUACAUUUCAAUGACAACAGCCAGCAUGUGCCACGAGGUGAAGAAGGCCAUGAUCGGCUUUUCAAGGUGAGACCAGUAAUCGACAUGGUCAUUCCAAUGUUCAAGGACUUGUUUGUUCCCCAAAAGGAACUGUCACUUGAUGAAAUGACAAUAGCGUUCAAAGAAAGGAGUACACUCAAACAAUACAACCCCAAAAAGCCAGACAAAUGGGGGUAUAAGGAAUUGGCAUUGUCUGAGGCCAAAACUGGUUACGUUUUGAAUUGGUCAUUGUAUGCUGGCAAGGAUGACGAGAGAAACCCUGAAGAAUCUGCAACAUACACUAUUGUGAAAAACCUGUGUGUGAACCAUUUGGACAAGGGCAAUAUCAUUUUCAUGGACAGCUACUACACAAGUUAA